GCCACGUGACACGGCAAGGAAAGAUUCAUAAGCGUCAAAUCUGCAACCGAGUGUUUUUAUACUAAAACAAUUUAAUCUGUAAUACAUUGCGUUUGCAUUUUUAGACUUUAUCACUGCAAUAACUCGAUGAAUGUUUAUUGCACGUUAAUAAUAAUAAGUUACCGCAAGAAGCUCUGGAUUUGACUUGUGGGUCUGCAACCAUAUUUUCCUCAUAUCAUGACUACUGAGACGCCUAAUAUUAGUAAAAAGGUUUUGCAGUAUGAAACAUUUAUUAACGACGUUUUGAGAAAAGAUUUGCAGAAAGUGUUAGAUCAAAGAGAUGGUGUGUAUGAAAAAAUAUCAGAAUAUCUCCAGCUGAAGAAUACAAUUAAAAGCCUUCAGGAAGCUGACAGCAAAGAACUCAAAACAGAUGUUGACCUUGGAUGCAAUUUCUAUGUACAGGCUCAUGUACCUGAUUCAUCGAAAAUAUUUGUGGCGGUUGGAUAUGGAUUCUUCGUCGAGUUCACACACGCUGAGGCUUUGAAAUUCAUAGAAAAGAAGACAGAUCAGCUUACAGCGUAUACUGAGGUUCUUACCAAAGACGCAGCAAAGAUAAAGGCCAAUAUUCGCAUGGUUCUGGAGGGACUGAGAGAAUUGCAAGGUCUGAAGGAUCUUCCAGAGACCAGUCAGAGAGAAGUGUUUUAGUAUAUUACUAAUAACAGUUGCUUCUUUUUUGCACACAUGGCUGUAAUGUUUGUUUCAAACUAUAGAAACAAUCAAGUUUGUAGAGACUUUGCAUUUUAACAGGUUGUACUGUUGUGUUGAGAAAUUAAGUGAAUAAAAUUGCAGUUUUAUUUCAGAA